UGUUCAAACACCUGUCAGCUUGUCACAGAGAAAAUACUUUCCCUCGCUCCGUUCACACACACACCUGUCAGUCUACACACCUGUCUGUCUUUACCUAUACUCUCACCUGCUCUCCCUCUACCUGUGUGGGAUUCUCUAUCGUUUGGGAGACCGUCUGUGGAUACAGUAUCCAGUGAAAGUAGGGAGCCAGUUAGAGGAAUCUCAGGAACCAGAUUGGGAGCCAGUGGAAGAAUCACAGGAACCAGAUUGGGAGCCAGUGGAAGAAUCACAGGAACCAGAUUGGGAGCCAGUGGAGGAAUCACAGGAACCAGAUUACAACCACCUACUAUGUCAAAAGAGGGGGAAAGAGCAUCAGUGUUGAAGACCACUAAGGUUCGGACCAAGCUGAAAGGAGAUGGCAGCUGGAUGCAGAGACUCAGUGAACCACAGUCUGAAACAGAGGAAGAGAAACCAUGGAUUGCAGAAGUCAGAGUGAAUCGACUGAAUGGAGCCCCUAUAGACACCAGCCCAGUGGCCUCUCCCACAUCCAAGACCCCUCCCUCCCCCACCAGACCUGCAGAAGACGGAACACCAUCUCCAGGAUAUCUUAUCAGAGGGAUUUUCACCAAGACAGACACCAAGCCUGCUGCCACCUCAUCUACAUUCAAUAGCUUGAGUGGAUCAACAUCCAGCUUCAGCAAGAGGCCUUCAGAGAGCUACAAGAGAAUAGCUCCUCACACAGUGCGUCCCACCUCAAACCUCCCAGUUCAAACUGAGGACCAGCUUUCCCCAGAGGAGAAGGAGAAACGGGAGGAAGCAGCCAUGGAUGUGCUCAGGACCUCUUCAGCCCGACAACGCUCCUACGUCCUCUCAGCCGCCAAGAAAUACGAUUCUACAGAGAAACCUCUAGAAACCUCCCUGACCCCAGAUGUUUCAUCUUUUGUGGCUAAAAGGGUGGUGAUCACAGACAAUGACGACUCUGUCUUCACUGAGACUCCUUCUGUCCCCAAAGAACCAGCUGCACCAUCUAUGAAAGCUGUCUCUCCUGUCUCUGUGAAAGCUGUCUCUCCUGUCUCUGUGAAAGACGUCUCUCCUGUCUCUGUGAAAGCUGUCUCUCCUGUCUCUGUGAAAGCUGUCUCUCCUGUCUCUUUGAAAGACGUCUCUCCUGUCUCUGUGAAAGAUGUCUCUCCUGUCUCUGUGAAAGCUGUCUCUCCUGUCUCUUUGAAAGACGUCUCUCCUGUCUCUGUGAAAGAUGUCUCUCCUGUCUCUGUGAAAGAUGUCUCUCCUGUCUCUGUGAAAGACGUCUCUCCUGUCUCUGCGAAAGCCGUCUCUCCUGUCUCUUUGAAAGACGUCUCUCCUAUCUCCUUGAAAAACGUCUCUCCUGUCUCUGUGAAAGCUGUCUCUCCUGUCUCUGUGAAAGACGUCUCUCCUGUCUCUGUGAAAGACGUCUCUCCUGUCUCUGUGAAAGACGAAACUCCUGUCUCUUUGAAAGACGUCUCUCCUGUCUCCGUAAAAGACGUCUCUCCGGUCUCUGUAAAAGCUGUCUCUCCUGUCUCUGUGAAAGCUGUCUCUCCUGUGUCUGUGAAAGACGUCUCUCCUGUCUCUGUGAAAGCUGUCUCUCCUGUCUCUGUGAAAGCUGUCUCUCCUGUCUCUGAGAAAGACGUCUCUCCUGUAUCUGUGAAAGACGUCUCUCCUGUCUCUGUGAAAGCUGUCUCUCCUGUCUCUGUGAAAGACAUCUCUCCUGUCUCUGUGAAAGACGUCUCUCCUGUCUCCUUGAAAGACUUCUCUCCUGUCUCCUUGAAAGACUUCUCUCCUGUAUGUAUGAAAGCUGUCUCUCCUGUCUCUGUGAAAGCUGUCUCUCCUGUCUCUGUGAAAGACGUCUCUCCUGUCUCUGUGAAAGACGUCUCUUCUGUCUCUGUGAAAGACGUCUCUCCUGUGUCUGUGAAAGACGUCUCUCCUGUUUCUGUGAAAGACGUCUCUCCUGUCUCUGUGAAAGUUGUCUCUCCUGUCUCUGUGAAAGACGUCUCUCCUGUCUCUAUGAAAGACGUCUCUCCCGUCUCUGUGAAAGCUGUCUCUCCUGUCUCUGUGAAAGACGUCUCUCCUGUUUCUGUGAAAGACGUCUCUCCUGUCUCUGUGAAAGUUGUCUCUCCUGUCUCUGUGAAAGACGUCUCUCCUGUCUCUGUGAAAGUUGUCUCUCCCGUCUCUGUGAAAGACGUCUCUCCUGUCUCUGUGAAAGACGUCUCUCCUGUCUCUGUGAACAUUGUCUCUCCUGUCUCUGUGAAAGACGUCUCUCCUAUAUCUGUGAAAGACGUCCUCCUUCCAGCCCCCGUCAUAGUUGACACCACAGCAGCGAUUGACCCUUAUGAGGGCAUGAAGCCAGGGUGUACCAAAAUGGCUACUCCACUUCCUAAGUUGACAGUUGAGGUGAUGAAAAAACUGUCCCCAGAGAGUGGUGUCCCGUUGAAAGACGUCCCCCCAGUGUCCUCUGUAUUAGCGUCCCCUGUCCCAUAUAACCCAGUGAAGAAGAAUCCUGCCCCAGUGGACACACUGACAGCCCUGUCUGACACACUCAUCUCCUUCGACACAGGUUCAUCCAGUCUAGAACAGGAGUUGGUGAAGCCCAUCCCUCCCAUCCCAGGAUCUUGGAGUCAGGAGCUUCUCAGUGGAUCAGACAGGCUCAGUUAUGCCGAGUCCGAGGAGGAAGAGGAGGAGCCGAGAGACGAGAAGCCAGAGGACACACACAGAGAUAUUGACAGUCCGACCCCGAGUACUGACUCCAGUGUGAAUGAAAAUGUGUUGGAGGCCCUUGAAGACGACUUUAUCCCAUUCAACACGAACACAACAAGAAUGACGUGGAAGAGGUCCUGGGACGUCAACCCUAUCAUUACCACAGACAAGAGUGAGGAGGAGGAGCCUGAGGAGCAGGAUCCACAGGUGUCCCUGGUUACGGUUCAGAAACAGUCAUCUGACAGUGAUUCACCAUGGGAUAGAUGGAGUGCACCUACUGUCUAUAAAGAGAAGAGAGACCCAAAGCCUUCAAUGGACCGUUCUAGCUCCUACUCCAGGACCUUGGACAGUUCUGCCAACCAGAGACCCACGUCACCAGACACCGAGUCCAAGAAGGGUUUUGUGUAUCUGAAGGAGUACGUGAACGCUACAGACCUAACCAAGCACAACACCAGAGACAACGAUCCUGACUAUGUAACGUCUAGUUCUACCAGCUAUUCCUACAGCAGCCCUUACACCAGGUCUACCAUGACGUCUGCCUGUACGUACUGUGGAGAGCAGGUGGGUAACGAUGCCAAGAUCACCAUCGAGCACCUCAACAUCUCCUGCCACCCGGCCUGCUUCAAGUGUGGUGUUUGCAGUAAGCCAAUGGGAGACUUUCUGUACAACAUGUUCCUGCACAAAGGGACAGUCCAUUGUGAGAGCUGCUACGCCAACGUCUUGUAGAUAGCUUCAUCCCCUUGUCUCCCCGUCUCUUUUCCUUCAUGGCCACAGAGGUGACAAGACUGGAUGGCUGAUAUAACUGCUCUCUCCUAUCAAGACCUGUCGUCUGCUAACAGACAGGGGAUACUGCACCUUCAUUUUGACAGGAAUUUCCAUGUGUCACAUUUUGUUUUUAGACCUUUGUAUGGGUCCUACUGAAUUGAAUGAGGUUAACACUGAAAUACUAUGGCAGUUAUUCUAUGGUUUAGGGUUGGUAAAGAUAAUAAUCUGAUCAUAUUACUGAUAUAGUUGAAUCUUCCGUCCGUUUCAAUGUCCACUUUUUUUGUUGCCUUUUUCUCCUUAAAGGCCCAGUGCAGUCAAAAACAUGAUUUCCUGUGUUUUAUAAUUCCACACUAUGGAGGUUGGAAUAAUACUGUGAAAUUGUGAAAAUUAUGAUAAUUCCCUUUUAGUGUAAGAGCUGUUUGAAAAGACCACCUGAAAUUUCAGCCUGUUUUUGUGGGAUGGAGUUUAGGACUGUCUGGUGACAUCACCAGGCGGAAUGAGUUAAUAGACCAAUAACAGAGAGUUUCAAACCGCUCAGCGAAUAACAGCUAGUUGUCAUGUUAGAUAACCCUCCCAUUAGGCUCGUCCAGUUAGGACUCAAACCGCUCCCAGACAGUCCUAGCUAAAUUCUUGCUUGAGAAAUUGCUUUUUGCUAAGAAUUAAUACAUUUUAUUUUAGACCAUUUUAAUUUAAAACAAUCACAGUAAGAUACUUAACUGUUACCCAGAAAUGGUUUGACAUUGAGAUAAAAACGUCUGCAUUGUACCUUUAAUGUUGUAACUUGGUGAAUGUAUUGUGAAAUAUGAAGAUACUGUAUGUAAAAGCCUCUAAAUAUUAUUACGUAAUGACAAUAGUUAACUGGGAACUGGAUAUGUAGAUUGGCAGUUGGGUACAAUUUUCUACUUUCAGGCUUGACUAUGCAAAGUAAAUAACUACGAUUUUCGUUCAAACGUUUAUUUUUAAAUUGAUGCUUUGACUCAGAAAAACAAUAAAAUUGAUUUAUAUAAACAUGAUAAA